UAUUGUCCUGAUACACUAUGCUAGUCAUGGCUGACUAUAUGAUAGAAAUGGUCAGGUGUUGGUCAAAAUAAGACCAAGAGGAAAUACUAUUGACUCCAGACACCAUAUCCAUGGGCUUGCGGCUAUUGUUAAAUGACCGCACCAAUGUUGAUAUAUGCCAGUUCAUUGACUAUUGAUAUACGAAGCAGCCAAAAACGGGCACUAAAAUAUAGUCCAAAAGCUGCUAGACAUACAUUGGGCACGUUGUGGGAGCUUACGGCACUCGCCCUCUGCGUGGUUGAGAUUGCCUCCGCCGCGGAUGAAUUAGGGCUAUUCGCAUACCAACCCCCUGGACGAACGGUUACGGCUAAGAUUUUGUUACAUAGCGCCUGCUCUGCCGGAACAAUAUCUGCAUGUAUUUAGUACUUAGCGGAAUCAGUCAAAU